AUGAGCAACCACACUCCACUCCAAUCCUUCCUUCAAACCAUGCUCAGCGAAAAGUCAAGUCACUCCAUGGGAACCGCAGAAAUCACAAUCGUUAUGGAUAACGCUUCUCCAGCGAUGUACCAAAGACGAAGGAGCACCUCCAACAGAUUCUCCCUGGACGUCAGCGACCACUCUCGAGGAAAGAGUCGCUGGGCUGCAGAAACUGGUGAUCAAGUUCAGUCUUGCAGUCCAGUACAAGCACCGCCUCAUUCCUGCUCACCAAAACUCAACUUGAGGAAAACACCUCUCAUCGAGUGUGACUCUUCCGAUGAAGAAGAUGAGGAUGACGGCCUCAUUCUAUAA